CAUCUCAAUUCCACCACUUGCAUCACUCACGGAGUAAUCAAAAGUCUCGAUAUCAGGAAUUGGUGAAAGAGGCCACACACCGUAUAGGCAAAACUCUUGCCAUACGUCCACUACUGGCCCAGUCAGCUUUCCUGGCGAUGUUCCGUCGUCGGCUCAUGCGGCCGAGCUUCAUCACCAGGAUCCCACGGCAACAACUUCCCACAGCCAUGGCAUCCAUCACGACCAGCUUUCGGCAGAAUACUAUCGCGUAUGUCGACCUUAAACAGCCGGUACAGCCUCAGCUUGUGAAUGAGCACAGAGAUGCGGAAUAUCUCAAGCUGGACAACGUAAACGAAGAUGCCGACUGGGGUCUUGUCAACGAUCAUUUCAAAUCCGUCAAAGAACUUUACAUGGACGGCGGAUGGGACGAGGAGCUUCACGACGACAAGGUACCUCCACACUGGCCAUUGGAAAAGAUCACGCUGAGCGGCGCCUGUGACCUCAAGGCCUGUCGAUCCCGUUGGAUCACUAAAGGCCUAGUCAAGCAUCUGGUGCUCUACUACCCAUGCCAUCUUCUUGUUGAAAACCUCAAACUAGCGGAGCUAGAUAAAGAUGAGCAUAUCUUACCGGAGAAAUACCAUGGUAAAAUGAUCAAGUGGACGGCCGCUGAAGAAGACCCAAGAUUUGACUGGGAGCAACACAUGCCCUACAAGCCUAAGCUCGAAAUCCUGGAAAUCUCUGAAAAUGACGCUCGGGAUACAAUCUUUAUCUGGGCGUCCUCGAGCCCUCAUCUUCUUCGUCGACUGAGAACAUUGAGCCUCAUCGCGUGGAACGGCUGCGAUCUCUGGUACACUCCCGGUGAAGGGUUAGAGCUGGUCCUACCGCACCUCACAAACCUUGAGACACUCGUCAUCGGCCUCGACGACAUCUACAAAGACGCCAAGCAACUGGCCCAGAUCUUUGACGCACUACCGCCAAACAUCCACACACUCCGCUUCCGGGGCUCAAGAUCGCUGGCCAGAGACGAUGCAGACCACUACCAGAAAUGGAUCAACAAAUUUGAUGACCCCGCAUUCCUGCCAAAGCUGAAAACACUCAGCUUUAUUCUGGACUUGGAAGACAGGCACGCUCAUGAGGGCAGAGACAUUGAGCAGAUUGAGGGGCCGCCUGUCACAACGGCAGAAGCAAAGAGAGCUACUGAGCGGUUCUGCCAGGCGGCAGAGCGACGGGGUGUGAAAGUUGAACCGUUCUUUGGUUCAUGGACUGAGAGCUUCACCCUCGCUCUCGACCGGACGCCAAUCGAUCCUGAAUGGAACUCUGCUUAAGUCGUAGGUUGAACCGGGUCGGACAGGCUGGUUCUGACACGCCGUCUCUGACGAUCUGUACGGGUAAUGGGAAAAGCAGGAGGUUUGCGAAAGAUGUAAACAAGACAACACUCUGCUCCCGAAGAUACCACUCUCCUCUCGAAGAUAUCACUCUCCUCUCUAAUUUUAUAUGGGUCCGCUGCAGCAAGAGAAGCACACCCAUGCGGUGGCUGGGAAAUCAAGGGCUCAUGUAAUAAUAGCUAUAAUAAAUCAGUACUUCUCUCAAUCAAUUAACAAACGUUCCA